AUGCCCUCCCUCGACUCGCGCAGCCUCGACAGCGAUCGUAAAUGGAGUCUGCAGCCACUCCUGCGCCAUGCCGAGCGCUCGCAUCAGAAGAUGCCCGGUAUUAGGAAAAUUCCGCUGCGAGCUAUUGGGAUUAUUUUGUUUAUUUCGUUUUUGAAUGCGGUUGUUUGGAUUGCCGCGGGGAUUGUGUUGCGGUAUCAUACCUCGCUGGUAUCUACAGCCGUCCUCGCCUACACCCUCGGUCUACGACAUGCAUUUGACGCAGAUCACAUUUCGGCCAUCGACCUAAUGACCCGUCGACUCCUCGCAACGGGCCAAAAGCCUGUCACAGUCGGGACAUUCUUCUCCCUCGGACACUCAACAAUCGUAAUAAUAACCUCAAUUGUCGUCGCAGCCACCGCAGCAGCGGUGUCCAGCAAAUUCGACAGCUUCAGCACAAUCGGCGGUAUAAUCGGGAGUUCCGUGUCCGCCGCCUUUCUAAUCCUACUGGGCCUAAUGAACGGGUACAUCCUGUACAAACUAAUCGCACAAAUGCGAAAGGUCUUCAACCUACCCGCCGGCCAAGAAGACGAGGCCUGGAAGAUCGAGGGCGGCGGGAUCUUGUUUUCCGUCCUGAAGAAGAUGUUCAAGCUAAUCGACCGACCCUGGAAAAUGUACCCACUGGGCAUCCUCUUCGGUCUGGGCUUCGACACUUCCUCUGAAAUCGCCUUGCUUGGGAUUUCGUCCAUCCAGGCUGCGAAGGGGACUUCGUUUUGGGUUAUUCUUAUUCUGCCUGCGCUUUUUACGGCGGGGAUGUGUCUUAUUGAUACCAUUGAUGGGGCGCUUAUGUACUCGUUGUACGUGCAGCCUGCUGCGAAUUUCUUGCCUCCGAAAUCCGACACGACCUCCGAAGAAGGCGAAGAUGAAAAUCAACUUCCCCAGUCCCACGAUAACCACCGCGACCCCAUCGCCUUCUUGUACUACUCCAUCGUCCUAACGACGCUAACCGUCAUCGUGGCGAUCGUCAUCGGCGUCAUCCAGCUGCUGACGAUGGUUUUGAACGUGACGAAUGCGACGGGAAAGUUUUGGGAUGGUGUCCAAGUUGCGGGAGAUUAUUAUGAUGUUAUUGGCGGGUCGAUCUGUGGUUGUUUCUUAAUUAUUGGUGGGCUGAGUGUGUUGCUGUAUAAGCCGUGGCGGAGGUGGAUGGCGCGGAGGCAUGGGAGGCCGGUUCUUGAGCCGGAGUAUUGGAAUGAGGAGCCGGAGGACGGUGGUGAAAGUGGUGUUGUUAAUGUUGUUGGUGGCUCUGAGGGUGUUGGUGCUCGACAGGGAAGGACGGAGGUUGUUGGGAAGGGAGGUUCUUCGGGGGUUGCGGUUACGACGCAGGAGCGGAGGGUUGAGGAUGAGAUUGUUUAA